AUGCCUCCCAAAAGAACACCAGUGAAGAAAAAUCCUGAGGCAACUAAAAGUGAUAGUGCUGCUGACCAGGACUUUGAGCUGUUGGUCUACAAUCGUGGAUUGACGAAGCGUAAUGUGAUUCGGAUUCAAACCAUCCUGGAAAAGGCAAACGAGGACAACGCUGAGCUUACUACCGCUCAAGUGAAAGUGUAUCAACGAAGUGUCGAGAAUUCCAACGCAGAGUUUACCAAACUUCAUCAGGAAAUCGUCGCCCAGGUUCUUCCUGUCGAACGUGAGGAGCAAGACGAUAUCUAUUUCGGAUUCGUUGAGCUGUACGAAGAAGUAUCCAUGCUGCUUGAGAGCUGGUUAGAGAAAAUCGAUACACCACCAGCUCUUGAGCCACAGCCUGUCGGAAUCCAGCAACCGCUGAUCCUCCAACCAUCCCUACCACGUGCCAUACCGACAUUCGACGGGAAGUAUGAGCAUUGGGAAAAAUUCAAAGUUAUGUUCAGAGACGUGGUAGACAGGAGUAAUGAGCCCGACCGUAUAAAGCUCUAUCAUCUGGAAAAAGCUUUAGUUGGCGACGCCGCCGGUCUGAUUGACGCCAAAACAAUCACAGAUGGCAAUUAUGUGCGUGCUUGGCAAUUACUCGACGAACGUUUUUCCGACAAACGACGGAUGAUCGACAGGCACCUAGCAAGCAUGCUAAGCGUGAGAAGACUCACCAAUGAAUCCUACAGUGAACUGCGAGCAUUGGUGGAAACUUUCGAUGGUCACGUGGAGAACCUCAAAUUUCUGGGUCAGGACUUCGCCGAGAUAUCAGAGUACAUAGUGGUAUUUCUGAUUGCUCAAGCCUUGGACGAUGAAACCAAGAAGCUAUGGGAAUCAACCGUCAAGAAAGGAGAGUUACCUGAAUAUGCAGACACCAUACAUUUCUUGAAGGAGCGUGUUUCUGUCCUGGAAAGAUGUCAAACAGCUAAUGACAGCCAGUACAAGCGACGACAGCAAAUCAAGACACACCCAUCAAAGCAUCUCCCAGUGAAGAUCAAUACCGCUCUAUCGUCACCCUCGGCAUUACAACAUUGUAGCUAUUGUACCGAGAGCCAUUACACGUUCAAGUGCCCGGCAUUCAACGACUUAUCAGUCAGCCAAAGAAUCGCCAUCGUAAAGGAGAAGCGUAUCUGCUACAACUGUCUCCGGCGAGGGCAUCGGGUCAAAGAUUGUUCAUCGAAGAAGUCCUGUAUCAAGUGCCAUCGAAGACACCACUCUUUGCUGCACAUGGAAGAGUCAAUACAGCCAACGAAGAUUAGCAACGAAGCGAAAGAAGCAACGCAGCAACCUGGUCCAGUUGUUCCAGCAGAAGCAGAAGUUCCAGUUCCAUUGUGCAAGCCCUCGACUAGCGGCGCUUUUACGAAUGCAGUUCAUUCAUCAGUUCCAGUGCGACAAACGAGUCAAGUGUUCCUGCUCACCGCUGUAGUCGACGUUUUAAAUCAGCAUUCGAAGCCUCAUCAAUGCAGAGCCCUGCUGGAUAGUGGUUCUCAGGUCAGUUUCAUCACGCAAACAUUGGCCAACGCAAUAGGCAUUCCAACAAGAGAGGUGAGUGUUCCCAUAACAGGUAUUGGUAGUGCUAAAUCUACAAUCAAGCAAAUUUGUAAGGUCCAAAUCCGAUCCAGAUGCAAUGACUUUAAGAUAUCCCUGUCCUGCCUUGUGUCACCUAAAAUCACCGGUCUUCUCCCUUCCUUCACAAUUGACAUUGAGUCUUGGAAUAUCCCUCUUGGUAUUCAACUUGCGGACUCAAGCUUCCAUAAAGCAAAUCAGAUUGAUAUGCUUAUUGGAAUGGAUCAUUUCUAUGACAUUAUUAAACCAGGCUACAUGAAGCUAUCGGAUGAUCUUCCCGGACUUCAUGAUUCCCAAUUAGGCUGGCUAGUAGGAGGUAACUAUCUUCAGAGUCAGAGUUCAGGUUUAGUUUUGAGAUCAUUGACUGCUUGUGCAGAGCCCGUCCACUACCCCUCAGCGUUGUUUUGGGAAAUUGAGAGUGUGAACACGGAGCUAGUGCCAACAACCAAGGAGAAAGUGCGUGAGGACCGAUUUUUUGCAACUCAUCGUCGUGACGAAACCGAUCAUUACGUGUUUCAAUUUCCAUUGAACGACCGCAUAGCGCAAUUGUCAGAUUCACGUCAUAUGACAUUGCGUCGUUUGUAUCUUCUAAGAGCCAAAUUAGUACGAAACCUUGAUCUGAAAACUCAAUACGAAGCGUUAAUUGAAAAUUAUGAAUCGAGAGAGGUCAAGGCAUCCAAAGAUCCACCCGAUCUAAAGAAAUGGUAUCUUCUUCAUCAUGCCAAUCUUCGCCCAUCGUCAGAUAACCCUAUUACAGUUUCUCGAGAGCAAACUGUCACUGAGUUGGUUAAGAAGGACAUGUGGUGGAAUAGACCCAGUGCUCUACGUAGUACAGUUUAUGAAGUCGAUGUUGUCGACCUUCCGGGUGACAACGAGAUACCAGAGUUGAAGCCAACUGUAUCUGUUUACACAGUAACGAGAGUUGACGAGUUUCCAAUAUUUUAUAAGUUUGAAUCUUUCCGGAAAACGCAGCGAAGUGUAACUUACACAUUGCAUUUCCUGUACAACUCUCGAGAGAAAAUAGAAAAACGAGUUCUUUCAUCCUAUCUAACCGUUCCUGAACCUAGAGAAUCAAGACUGCUUUUGAAUGAGUUGGUAAAAGUGAAGACAGAUUCACCUCGACCGUACUUAACAUUACUGCUGCACGUGUCGGCCUAUUUGGAAUGGAUCUCCGCUAAUACAACAUCUUGCAACAACAACCCCAAUUCAACACCAACCCAACUCGGCAGUCAGUAA